ACCAUCUCUGCGAAAAUGAUCAAAGCCUUGACCUUGUUGGCUGCUGUGACCACGGCUUCUGCCCUUCCUUCUUACUAUCUAAGAGAUUCUUCAUGUUAUGAAGCCGAGAAUGCGACCUUGUGUGAUGCUGAUCUCAAGGUAUGCGAGGACCUCUUCACAGGCGACAAGGACGAACAGGCUAGGAGAGACAUCUACAAGAAAUGCCUCGACGAAAAUGACUUCAGCCAACUCCAUGACGUGGACCCCGAGAUCCUCUUCAGCCCCACAGGACUGGAGGCUCUUUCGCUGUUCGGUUCCGAGGAGAAGCACGAGGCUCUGAAGCAGUGCGUCCUUCGUGAGCGGGGAGAGGUGCAGCCCGACGGAACAGUCGACCCGCAGCCUUUCGUGGACAGGCUGACUCUCGCCCUUAACGACACUCGUCCCGACAUCCUCGAGCGCCUUCUUUACACCGCAGAGUCCUGUUCGAUCGAAAACUUUUCCCAGAUCGAUGACUGGAAGACGUGCGUCCUCUCGGGCUGCGUCCGCCAAGACCUCCCGACUCCUGAGCCAACAACUGAUGCUCCUGAGGAGGAGUGAGGCGCCAACUGUCUCGUCGCUUCUGUUGUAACAAAGCCUUUUCUUAAUAAGGAGUGCAGUUAUAAAUAUGAAAGUGUUAUAGCCUAUUUUUAACAAUGAUUUAAAUAAAAAGAAAGCUUCUGUAAUUCAAAA